CAACCAGUGUUUUUUGUCUGUUCCCGACCUUUGCCAACUUGUGAGUUAACAGAAUCAGAACAGCAUGCCCGUAGUGCUUUUGUUUCUUAUGGCUCACAUACUUUUAGACCUCAUUCUUAUCAAGAAUUUUCCCCUCUUAAGCAAUAUCAACCAUCUCGUAAGAGAAGAGAAUCUGAAUCUCGACUUACAGUUGCAUCAUUUUCAGUUUUUCAUCAGCUCUGUGGACUAGGAUUUCUGAGUUUUCUGCCCAACCAAUCUAAACAUAAGAUUCAGAAGCAGAGAAAUGAGCCAAUUGAAGUUGAAAGUGAAUUAAUUGAAAAUUUUGAAAACUUUUCAAGCAUUUUAAUGUUUGUUCAACAUGUGUUGAAGUCGCUCUUAGUCAGGGCUUCUACUAUUUUGAAUGAGACCCACAACCGGUUCCUACGGAUGUUUAUCCUUACAGCAUUUGACAUGACCAGAGAUAUGAUGGUAAUCCCCAAACGUCUGGAAUACAUUUGUCAGAGAGAAACAGAACUUUACUCCUCCUUGAUGGCUAUAGCGAACAAAAAGCAAGAAGAGAUACGUCAACUAAUUGUGUCCACCAUUCAAGCAAUGAAGGAAGAUUUGGUAGAGGAAGCUGCUAAUCAUCAGUUUCAAGGCCUACAAAUGUCACAAAAUGGAGAGCCACUGUCUGUGCGUGACCUUCAGAUCUGCACAGUAGAGAUUCAGAACCUUGUCCUCGGAAGGAUCAACAGUGCUGUCGCUGGGAAGCUGAUAGGCUCUGUUGAUUGUCUGCGAGAGAGUUUUAUAGGUACAUUAGAACGAUGCUUAUCUAGUUUGGAGAAGGACUGUUAUGAAGGAGGUGAAUCAGUUCCAGCCAGUAAUGCUCUUAAGCAAAUUCUGAAUUCAGCUUAUCAGGUGAAUGCCACUUUUAGAUAAUGCUCAUGUGUCUUCACUACUAUUGUUUUCGAACAAAUUGUCUAUUUGGUUCAAAGUCUCUUAUGGAAGACGCCCCCUAUAAUAGGCAUAGAUUGGAAGCAGAAAGUAGCAGCUGAUAUGUUAGCUAGUCUUAGUGAAUCUCGUCUUGCUCGUUCUAUCUGUGCACAGUUCCAAGAUCGAUUGAAGGCUUCACAUGAGCAGUUUGCAGCAUCCCUUCGACAGCUGGAAUCUAUACACUCGGGACGACUUCAACGCACAGAAGAGCUACGGCUGAAGGUUAGAAAACUGUAUGCUCCCAAAAUUGCAAAGUUUGCCUUAGAGUCUACUUCACUGAGAGACUUGGUUCUUUUUGACAUGCCUCAUCUUGGUAGAGAGAUCGGUCGAGGGCAAUACGGAGUUGUGUAUGCUUGUGAAUCGUGGGCUGGGUUCUCUCCAUGUGCUGUGAAGUCUGUGGUUCCUCCUGAUGAUAAGCACUGGAAUGAUCUAGCUAUGGAAUUCUAUUACACCAGGUGUAUUGCAGAACACGAGCGUGUUGUCCAGAUUCAAGGCUCUGUGAUAGACCAUUCAUAUGGUGGAGGGAACACCCCAGCUGUUCUUCUUAUCAUGGAAAGAUUACAGCGAGAUCUUCACUCUGCUUUGAAAGCAGAACUAGACAUCAACACAAGAUUACAGAUUGCAUUGGAUGUGAUACAGGGCAUUCGAUUUCUUCACAGCCAAGGUCUUGUUCACCGAGACAUCAAACUGAAAAACGUGUUGCUUGACAAAAAGAAUAGAGCUAAAAUCACAGAUCUUGGAUUUUGCAAACCUGAAGCCAUGAUGUCUGGAAGUAUUGUUGGUACUCCGAUCCACAUGGCUCCAGAAUUGUUUAGUGGUCACUAUGACAACAGUGUUGAUGUGUAUGCUUUUGGAAUUCUCUUCUGGUAUCUAUGUGCAGGUCAUGUGAGACUUCCUUACAUCUUCGAGCAAUGUCAAACUAAAGAUCAACUUUGGAAUUGUGUGAAAAAAGGUGCUCGUCCAGAACGUUUGCCACAGUUUGAUGAUGAAUGUUGGAAGCUGAUGGAGGAGUGCUGGGCUAGCGAUUCUUCUAAGAGACCUCUUCUUGGCGACGUGGAGCCGAGGUUGGUGGCUAUUAUGGAAUGCCAUAUCACCAGUUGUGCAAGAAGCCCUGAUGUGAAACAAGAGGAACAGGUGGUACACCAAUCGCCUUCUAGUCCCUUCACCAUGCUGGAAUUUCAUUCUGGAUAGCCAGGAGAACAGAAAUGCCAUCACCAUGGUUGAUUCAGUUCAAAUUGAACAAAUGGAACAUUCUUCUGUAACUUGCAGUAUAAGGAGCUGUUAACAGUCAGAAAAGGGUAUAACGCUAAGAAAAUAUACCCUUUAUAUCAUGCAGAUACUAGCAAAUGGACAAUCAGACAGUGGCUGGAUGAAUGUUGUGUUGAAAGGGAAAAGAUCAUAGAGAAAGUUCAGUGCAAAUUGUAUUUUUGCUAAAAUGUUAGAACAGUGUAAGGGAAAGUAUCUAUCCAGUAAAGUACUGUAUUAUUAAAAGAUAAAAAAAACAAAACAAAGGGGAAAACUCUGCAUAGAUUUUUUUCUUAUACCUGUGAUUUAUGACUAUUUUACUUACAAAUCUUGCUGAAAGUAGAAUGUUUCUAAGUGAACUCUAGACCAGGGCAGUAUUUUUUCUGAACCUUCCUGACAUCUUAGAAUUUUCAAUCAGAAUUUCCUAUGAUAUUUCUCUGGCUUGAACACAAUGUGGAACCACAAAAAAAAGUGUUUUGUUUUAUCAUAUUUUUCUCAAUGAAGUUUCCUGCAGCCAAGCAAAUCUUAUGAGAGGUUCCACCUAUACUGUUUUUUUGUGAAAACCUUGACUUCUUGUCACCAAUGGUGCCAAGGUAACAGUAAAAAAUAUUGUCCUGCUCUAAAUUUUCAUAAAAAAUUAAGUUUAAGAUUACUAUUGAAUUCAGCUUUGUCUUCCAUAAUAAAAAUUGUAAAAAUGAUGAGACAAAUAUUUUACUGUUACUUCAAAUUAUGACUUUUAGCAUGAGUCUUUCACAUACUUCUGCUUAAGGCAUUUCUUGGUAAAUUGAACACUGAAAGUGUGUCGUUUCUAUAUAUGUGUGUGUGUGUGUUUGUCUGGUUAGUUGUUUGUGUUCUGUGUUUACACCUUAAACUAGUUGUAUGAGGAUCACAUCUGCAAGAUUUUGGGUGAAACAUUAAGGUUUUAGACACGAUGCAGCUUAGUAACCAUUUUUCCUUGCUAUAGUAGUGAGAGGUUGGUUAUUCAAGCUGGAUAACCUGAAAUUUUUUUUUUUGCUAUGAAUAUUCUUGUCAUUAUAUAGAUAAGAUACAUGUUUAGAGUUAUUCAACAAUCUCUGUAAGUUAAGAAAAUGUCUGCUUUUAUACACAGAGGGAGGUUACUGUAAAACUUCCUUCAGAAUACCCUCUUUUAAAGAAAAAGGGCUGUUACAAAAGUUAGGUGGGAAAAUAUUGCAAAGCACCUGAUGUGUUUUGUUAUGAAUUUUGUCUUCCAUGUUUGACCACAACCAUGUAGCAUCUUGCUGUUAAUAAUUAGCAACCUUAAAGAUACAUAAUCUUGCUGUUAAUACAGUAGAAGUCUAAAUAGAUAGAACAUCUUGCUGUUAACACAUUGGGAAUCUAUAUAGAUAUAACAUCUUGCUGUUAACACAUUGGCAACCUGUAUAGAUAGAACAUCUUGCUGUUAACACAUUGGCAACCUGUAUAGAUAUGACAUCUUGCUGUUAACACAUUGGCAACCUAUAUAGAUAGCUUCCUGGUGUACAACUCUCUGCUGCUUCCCACUAACUGUUUAGCCAACAUCUUUACAUCUCUAUGCAAACAAAAUGAUAGCAAAUUUGGUUGUCAUGGUGCUUAUAAGCAUUAAUAACUAGCAGUAAAUAAGUGGUUUUGUUGGUGCUUUGUGCUUGUUAAAAAAAACAGGUCAAUAACUAAAGAGUUGAUAAUAAUGUUGACUUAUUGUUUGAAACUAAAUUUAGAUAACCUAUUCUAUUCUAGCAUGUAGGCAGCAUUAGGUUAUUAUCUUUUAAACAUGCUGAACUAUUAAGACUUAAAAUAAAAAUACUAAUUUGUAUUUGUAUCAAUAUAAAAAAACUAUACAAAGAAGAUGUGGAAUAAAAAUGUUUUUUAUAAAAACAUCGAGAUAAUUAGAUAAACUUGGUUUUAUGAUUUGAAUACCAUGAGAAUUUGGUACUUAACAGAAGUAUAGUUUACUAAACUACUGCUUGGAGUUGUGGUAGCCCCAGAAUAAAUUAAUCUAAAUAUUCGCAAGGAUUGUGAAUAUCUGUAAUAGUUCUGCAGCUUGUUGUACAUGCAGGCAUGUAUUGUAUUCAUUGUUUUGACUACACAGUAGUCUAAUAAGUGUGAUUUUAAUUUUUGUUACUGUACUUUUUGCACCAAUAAAAACAAAUCACUGUAUUGGUAUUU